AAGGGUAGUGUAGUAAACUCAUGUCAGAAAAUAGAUGUUUUUCUUUUCUGUAGCAAGUGCAUGACAGCAUUGUAGAAGUGACCUGCACACUUGCAGCUGCAGUCUGAAGGUCAAGACAACAGCAGUGAGCCGGACACAGGCCAGGCCUGAGAAUAAAAUGAGAAUAGUGUUAAGUGAAGAAGAAUCAUCUGACUUCCUCUGCUGGGCCUUGCAACUCCAACAGUUCAUUUAUUGUAUAAAGGUAAAAGCUGAACUCCUCCUAUGCUGGAAUUGAGUGGUUUGUGAGGAGGCUUUGCUCUCUGACACCAAACAAACUGAUGAUCAUCUUCAGCCCUUCACAGUAAGCCCCAAUACACAGUGGCAUCACUGAUGCGCCCAAGCAGACUGUCACUCACAGAGUAUCGGCAAAGAGAGGGUGGGAGAGAGUCAUUUGGAUGACUUUGAGGAUCUGGGCCAGAGAUGUGAGGCAACCUCUACCAUAUAGGAAACACUACCCUGGGAAGGAGCAGUGCUGAAUAGGAGCAGCAAAUUCUGGCAAACAGGUCCCUGAAGACAAGAGCUGGACUUCUUGAAAUAAGUGGCAAUCUCCUUCAGCCGCUUCUCGACAUGCUGCUCCGGGCUGUCCCCGUCGGUGCGGAGCCCCCCGGUGCCCGGUUACCGCCAGGAAACGACAAGUGAAGAAGUUGAAUGUUUCCUUCAGCUGAAGAGAAUAUUUCCCAGGUCCUAGUGGGAAAAGGUGAAGAAGGGAACCAGAGGAUGUUGCUAGUAGGUAUGUACAUGACAGGAAGCCAUGACUAGCAGUGUGAUUGUCAACAGGAAACAAAAAGCCAUAGCUGAUGUGAUGGUGCCAUACAAUACACUUUCUGUGUCUUGUUGCCUGCUGGACUGUGUGGCCUGGGAACCAGUGUAUGUCUACGUGAGAUAUUCUCCUGUCCAUUCAUCUGCUGGAGUUUGAAUUGUUCUGCAUCUGGUUAACCCACUUUGCUGGAGCUGGCAAACCCUGGGAAUUUUUCUUGACACCUGCUACUGUAAAGAACUUCAAAAGCUAUGGGGAGAAAAGGGAUGUGUGAGCAACCUUCACCAGCUGGCAGCUGAGCGCCCUUCAGACCCGAAGGCACCUUUGAGGUAUCUCGACUGUUCAGUGCUCUGCAGAUAUGAACGCUGAGCUUUUCUGGCACGUUCUCACAUUGGCCUGGUCGUUCUCACCAUGCUAGUACAUGGGAAAGAAGACUUCCUCUCAGACAUAGCUUAUAUCAUCUUGGAACUGAUCAUUGCAGUGCUGGCCAUCCUGGGGAACAUCCUGGUCUGCUGGGCAGUCUAUUUGAAUAGCAACUUGCAGAACGUCACCAACUAUUUUGUGGUGUCCCUGGCUGCUGCUGACAUUGCCGUGGGUGUGCUGGCAAUCCCCUUUGCCAUCACCAUCAGCACUGGCUUCUGUGCCUUCUUCUAUGGCUGUCUUUUCAUUGCCUGCUUCGUCCUGGUCUUGACACAGAGUUCAAUCUUCAGCCUCCUUGCUAUUGCCAUUGACAGAAUCAUUGCGAUCCGCAUUCCCCUCAGGUACAAUGGCUUGGUGACUGGCUCUCGAGCUAAAGGUAUCAUUGCCAUCUGCUGGGUAUUAUCUUUCAUCAUUGGCUUGACACCAAUGCUAGGGUGGCACAAUCGUGCCCAGAUCGAUGAGCUGGGUUCCAACAAGUCCUCUCCCAUCAACUGCAGCAACAGUAUGGUGGCAUGUCUCUUUGAGGCUGUGGUCACCAUGGAGUACAUGGUCUACUACAACUUCUUUGCCUGUGUGCUCUUGCCCCUACUCAUCAUGUUUGGUAUCUACUUGAAAAUCUUCAUGGCAGCCCGGCGACAGCUCAAGCAGAUGGAGAACAAGAUGGUACAUGGGGAACGUUCUCGCUCUACUUUGCAGAAGGAAGUCCAUGCAGCCAAGUCUUUAGCCAUCAUUGUUGGGUUGUUUGCAGUCUGCUGGCUUCCACUGCAUAUUAUUAACUGCUUUACCCUAUUUUGCCCAAAUUGUGCUCAUGCUCCCCUCUGGCUGAUGUAUCUGGCUAUUAUCCUGUCUCAUGCCAACUCGGUUGUAAAUCCUCUAAUUUAUGCCUACCGAAUCAGGGAGUUCCGAUACACCUUCCGUAAAAUCAUCAGCCAGCACAUCCUGGGCAGGAAGGAGCCAUUCAAGGCAGGAACAGCCAGCUCCAGGACUUCCACUCACGGUGGGGACGCGGAGAACGCCAGCAUACGAAUCAGUGAGUAUGCGUUAGAGGUAUACACCAAUGGAGAGAUCCACAGGGAUCCUGAAAAGCAGGACCUAAACAAAUGCAAAGCUGGCUUGGAUUGGCACCAGAAUGGAAAUGCUCUGGACAUGGAGACAAAUGGUCAUCUGCUACAUUCCUGCAAAAAUGGGAUUCUUUCAGAUGUGUGCAUGAGCAGGGAGCUGCACAGUGAAGAGCUACUUGAUGCCCAGGUGUCUUACUCAGAUCUGGAAAGAGCAGCCUUGGCAGCAGCUGAUGUUUCCUGAUGAGACUUGCAAAGUCUUCCUGGUAGAAUGAUUUUUUUUUUUCCCAUUGGUGACCUCUGCCAUGGCAGAAAGGGAGGUUGGGGGGGGCGGGGGGAGAGGUGUGAAUCUCUAUUGCUGUGGAGAAAGGGGUCCCUCCCCAGGACUGUUGGGAUGAUCCUAAAUACUAGACUGGAGAAAAGCCAAGAUACCACUGAAAUGGACUAAGGAAGGAGGGACGCGUUACCCAUCAAUGACCUGUCACCACGAGCAGUGCCGAGGUCGAAGAUGGCAUUCCAAGUUCAGCACUGGGAGACCCUGCUGAUGCAGGGCAUAUUAUGACAUUAUGCUGUACUGUGUACCUGUGGUUGUAUGUCAGUUUUGCUGGCUUUACCAGCAGGAAUAAAAGUGUGCCUGAAAGUAUUCACUGAACUAUGAAGAGCAGCAGGGAAGGGGCCGUUCAGUACUUUGGCCCUGCAACAAACACAAGGGGGAUAGCAACAUCUGUCGGUCAGGAAGGAUGCCAGCAGCUGCUUGGAGAGAGAAGGAAUUUACCUGAUGGGAACUUUGGAUACCUUCAACCAUGGCAUUUUGUCCUUCAGUUCAUGUUUUUAAAGCUUAUACUGCAACAGGUUGCUUGAGUAUUUUUUUCCUUGUCUUGAUAAGAUUACUUCUAUGUUAAGUUAUAAAAGAUGGGCCAGAACUCAUAUCCGUUCCCUGAGCGCUCGACGUUCCAGAUGCACAAGGCAAAUAAACUCACAGCUCUCUACUUUGUUUAGUAAAUAAGGAAAACGGAGUCUGUAAUAUGGAUUUCCCUUAGCAAAAGGGCUGUUAGCAGGACUUGGUGCUGCAGACAGCAGGCAAACAGGCCAGGUUGUGGUCUGCGUCACCAGGGUGGUCAUGCCUCGAGGUGUGUGAGCUGUCUGUAGGCUGGUGGGCACUGUCUGCUUCUUCCCACCCCAUCUCUGUGUUUGAGCUCCUAGAAUGCACAUUCUUGCCAUGGCUCCAGAUGUGUGUGAGGGGAGCUGAUUUCCCAUACUUUGUUCAUUUUCAUCCUCACUCAAAAGGCUGUGUAAUCUUCUUUAUUGGGGUGGGGAGGAACACACACACCUACCUAACGCUUACUUUUUGAAUUCCAAUGAGCUCUAUUUAAACACCUUUUCUCCUGUGAUUUCAGUUUUUUCCUCAAGUGCUUUACUGUGAAGCCUGAUGUGUCCCUGUGGUGCAGAGGCCAACAGAAGUGGGUCUGUUUGGUUAGAAGAUGCUUUUACUCUGAGAAGCUGAAAGACAUCGGUAGUAGAGGAAACCAGCUUAGGAACUGCAGUCUCCUGUGUAAGAGAACAGGCAAAUUCAUGGUGCAGCAAAUGUAUGCACUGGUGUGGUUUGGUGUAGGGGUAUUUCACAGCAGGUUGAUAAUUUUCUGGAUCAUUUAUGAAGCUUUAUACCCUAAGGACAGCAGAAUGCUACGUUCAGCUUGAAUUCUACCUAAAGAUUGUCUUGGUUUUGUUCUCCAGACAAAUAAUUCACAUUCUAAUACCACCAGCCUUCUGGAGAGAGACUGGUGGUAAUGGUCCUACUGGAAAAUGAAAAGUCCACUAAUUCCAGGGAUCUGAAGCUUAUUCCCUGGCUGAAAACAUCAGAAAUAUCACCCCCCAAACCUGGCUCCUCCUCACAUGCGUCAGCUAACAUUUCAGAAGCCAAAUAAUCUCUUUUGCAGAAAGGGUAGGGGAACUGGAUUUUGAUAUUUGAGGAAGAGCAGGUUAGGUUUGUGUGUUCUUAUUCGAUGUUUGUUUUAUAUAUUGUGAACUAUUAAAAUGAAAAGUCAGUUUUAUUUGAGGAUAAUUUUCUUUUUGCCAGUGUCCCUACAUGAAGAUGGAGAAUAGUUUAUAGUGCUAAAUGUGCUCAAGUACGUAACUGCUCCAGGGUAGCACAAGAGAUGGACAAAAAGAUGGGAUUGCCACCACAACCCUUAGCAGAAAGACAGGUAAAUUUGUAGAACAAUUGACUUUACAGUUUAAUUGAAUUGCUGCUUUCUUGGCACGGCUCUUCUACGUAGUCUGACGUCAGGGGAGUGGAUUAUCACUCCAGCACCAUUAACACACACGAAGCCGUUUCCCCAGGACUGACAUUGUAGGUGGUUCCUCUGUAGGGUGACCUGGGAUCUUGUUCCUCUUGGUGCUUCUGCAUGGGGUAUUUCUGUAGGUUAUUUGUGGGAUGGCUCCUCUGACCUCCUGUGUAACAGUGGCAGAGGAACUCAGUCAGGAAAAUGGGGGUCUGAUCUCUCCAGGCCUCAGCUGGGAGCUGAAAUGAUUCUAAGAAUAACACAAGAUUACAUCCGGUAUUCAUGUCAAUAACAAUUAGGUCCACAAAGAAGCAGAGCAGGAAAGGAAGUGUGGGAAAAUACCAGCAUCACUUAUGUGCUGGAACACACACGAGUGCAGAAGUGUCCCCUGUUGAGCUUUAGAUGCCAUUGUAAUGAGAUGUUUCAUGCCACAUUGCAUCAGACUUUCAACAGCUGAUGUGGGUUGCUUGCUUUCUAUUGUUUCCUGAGCUUCUUCACACUCAAUUAUGGCAGCUUCUUGCUUUGUUGCCACGAGAAUCAAGUUGAUCUAUGUUGAUGUGACAAAUUUAGGAUUGCCACUCUGGAAAACUUGCCUGCCCAACCAGAUUGCCAUGUAAGCUUACUGAAUUUCCAGAUGUCUUGAAAUUAGCUUUUCUGUUGUU